AUGGUCACUUCUUCGGUCAGCGGGCGCCUAUCGAGAAGUCGAACGAAAUUUCGACGCGAUUCUAGAUCACGUCGUCAGACACCAACGAGCGAGAUGCGGAGCUUCGUGCUUCUGAUUCUACUCACAAGCCAUUUAUCAGCAGGCUCCAUCGACUGGUCAUCACUCGAGACACCGCCUCAAUUUACUCAUGGUAAAAAUGCGGAAACAGUCUUUUUCAAGGUGGAAAAAAGCGGGAUGAGUGAUGAGUCGGCUAAAAACAUACCCGGUAAUCUUCUCGAGCAAACGAUUCAUUGCCAGGCAAUUGGAAACCCUAGACCUACAUAUCGAUGGAAGAAAGAUGGAAAGACGUUUCUCCCAUCAAUGUUUCCCGAGAAGGUUGUUCAGAAACCAGGAGAAGGAAGUCUGGUCUUCUCUCGUCUCGACGAAACAGACGCCGGACUCUAUCAGUGUGAAGCAGAGAAUUCGAACGGAACGGCUGUUGAUCGGCCAGUUCGUGUUCAGGAAACUUGGAUUCGCCACUUCAAAGCAGCUGAACCAGAAGUCGUCGUUGUCGAAGUUGGAGAUCCGUACCAGAGAAAUUGCUCACCACCUGCAAGUAAUCCGAAUGCAAGAGUCUACUGGAUUCUGAUGGGAAAGGAACCGGGCCAUUUUGAAACGAUUAGUAGUAGUCACAUUUCCAGUAAUGAACAAGGAACUUUGUUCUUUCACUAUGUAAAUGAAACUGAUUUGAAGUCUGAUCGCUACUACACAUGCACUGCCGAGAACAUCGAGUUGAAGGAUUACAAGUUCGGAAAUCAGUUCAGCCUGCAGAUCACCAACUAUAAACGGAGAAGUUUGCAACAGAUGCCUCCAACUGAGCAAUAUGUCAAUCAGAGUUCUCCGAUCGCACUUCAAGGAAAUCAACACAAACUUCAUUGCUUCUUCUCUGGAUACCCAGCACCAAAACCUCGAUGGUACCACAAUGGAAAACAAAUCAACGAGGAUGGCGAUUCUGAUGGAUUCCGAUUCGAAUCCUAUGGAAAGACACUCGUAUUCAAUGUGACCCAAGACAAGGCUGGAAAGUACGAUUGUCGAUUUGCCAUGCAAAAUGACAUUGAUCGAACUUUCAAUGUUGUUGUGGAGGGUGAGUCUUUUUUUCCUGUUUCAAAUAAUUCGAAUGACUGGGAAGAUGAUAAGAAAAUAGUUAUCAAAUUUUGUAAAAAACCUAAUUUCCCUGCUCCUUACUGGCCAAACGGACCACCACCAAACACGAACACAAGUGAAGGAGAAAAUGUCUCGUUUGACUGUACCACCUAUGGAAAACCAACUCCGAAAGUGACAUUCUACAAGAACGGAGUGGAACUAGGAUCACAAAAAGACGAUAGAUACAUGAUUGAAGGAACCAGACUUACCAUCUAUGACGUCAAAAAAGGGACCUACGGAAAAGGAGACAAUGCAGUUUAUCAGUGUAAAUCUGAAAAUAAACAUGGAUGGCUGUGGACCAACUUCUAUCUCAAUCUUCUCGCAUUCAAACCACAAUUGCUCAUUGAUCCAGGAAAGGAAGAAGUUGAAGCGGUUAUUGGAAAGAAGGUGACCCUGGAGUGCAAAUUCUUUGCCAGUCCAAAUGCAGCUGUGAAAUGGGAGGCACCAAUGAUUUCUGGAUCAAAAGGAAACCAGAUCCCAGCUGAUCCGCAUGGAGUUGGAAGGCUCGUGUUCAGUGAGGUUUCUGCAUCAGAGGAGGGAGAAUAUGAAUGCAUUGGUACCAACAAGUACGGUCAGGCCAGUGGAGUCAUCACUCUGAAAGUUAGAAAACCUACGACUGUCAAACCAUUUGAUCGUGCGGAAGACGUCAGAAUGGCUGGUGAAGAGAUGCGUCUUCCAUGUGACGCCACUUCUGAUAGUCAGCUGGAAGUGAAACACGAGUGGCUCGUCGAUGGAAUCCCACUGCCAGAGGAACGUGUGAAUUCUGGACACUACAGAAUUGCCGAUGAUCACUCUCUAAUCGUUGCCAACCCAACACAAGAUGACAGUGCAAAAUACAAAUGUGUUGUUAGCACCAAGUUGGAUAAGGUUGAAAAGGAAAUCAAAAUUCAAUUCAAAGGUAACCCAAACAUUCCAUUCUCUCAUAUAUUCUUUACGCUUUCAGAUGUUCCUGUCGCCGUUCACUCCGCCUACGUGAGCAAUUGUGAUAAGAAUUCCCUCACCGCGUUCAUCAAAUUCGAUCAUAUUGAAUCAAUUCAUACGAUUGCUCCAGUCAAAGAGUUUUGGGUUCAAUAUCAAAUGGAUUCAGAAACCGAAGGAUCACAAUGGAGAACUCAUCCAAGUCCAUCGGCUGCCCAUCCGAACGAUCAGGUCACUGAUCAACUCAGAACAACUUCAGGAUCUGCCACUGUUUCUCUUCAACCAUUCGGAAAGUAUGUCUUCCGUGUCUUGGCUCGUAAUUCCGUCGGCGACAGUGCCACAACGACCGUCAAAGGAAUUUGUGAGACACCUGCCAAACAACCAGACAAGAAUCCAGGAGAAGUUGCGGCCAAGGGAACGAGCCCUGAAAACUUGAUCGUUCAAUGGAAGCCAAUGGCAAGAGAAGAAUGGAAUGGCGCGAAAUUCCACUAUGUCGUGAAGUACAGACCAGUUGAUGAGGAUCAACGAGAUGGUGACUGGAAAGAGGUAGCUGUUGAGGAUCCGUUCGCCGAUCGUGUUACCAUCAAUCUAGAUGAUGAUAAGGAUGUGAAGCCAUUCCAGCCUUAUGAAGUUCAAGUUCAAGCUGUGAACAGCGAAGGAAGAACAAAUGUUGUACCGGAAACAGUGGAAGGACGGACUGGUGAAGGAGUGCCCAGCAGUAUUCCAAGCGGUCUCCGUGUUCUUGAGAAGAGUGGUACGACAGUGACACUCGCAUGGAAUGGAGUUGAUCCAGCAACUGCUAACGGAAACUUCACAGGAUACAAGAUCACUUACUGGGUUGAUGAAGCUGAUCAAGAUGUGGAAGAACCAGAAGAUGAUGAGGAGGAGAAGAGAAAAUUCAGAUGGAAGAGAUCGAUUCGUGCUAAGAGACAAUCUGGAGUUCGGAAGACGAUAGUUUUCGGACCUAGUGCAACUCAAGGAACAAUCACGGAUUUGAAACCGGCCACCUUGAACCAUGCUUACAUUCAAGUCACCAAUGGAGCUCACGAAGGACCAUCAAGUGAUACGAUUGACUUCCAGACUGAUGAAGGAGUUCCCUCGCCUGUCCGAUCUCUUCGCGCAUAUCCGAUGAACUCAAAAGAGUCCGACGAGAAAGGAGUCGUUGUUCUCGUUUGGAAGAAACCAAGACAGACAAACGGAAAAUUAGCUCGUUACGAAGUGGAAUACUGUAAGACACAAAAUGGAAAGCAAGUCGAGAAGACGUGCCCACGGCAACAAAUCGACGCCGAUGCCAAAGAAAUCAGAAUCACUGGAUUGGAAAAUGAGACGCCGUACAGAUUCAUUCUGAGAGCUCACACUUCUGCGGGAGAGGGAGAUCCAAACUCAUCGGAUGCUACUACUCUUCCAGAGACAACUGCUGCUGGAGUGGAUCCUGGAGUGCCGAGCCUCGUUGAGAAUGCUAUUGGAGACAAGUAUUUCAAUGUUUCAUUCCGCCCGGCGAAAUAUGACGACGAAACCCGUGCACCGGUUGGUAACACCUAUGAAGUUCAAUACAAACCACAGAAUGGUGACGAGUGGGAGACUGUGAAGCCAUCUGACGAUGGGCUGACGGUUCACGUUGAUGGUCUCAGCCCAGGAACCAAGUACGAUGUCCGUGUCGCCGCUCUUCAAGUCGAUUCAGACGGCGGAGAAACGACAAAAACGUUCUCUGGAAUCUCGAAAAUCACGACAACCGGAACGAGUCCAGGAGAGAGGAAUCUGUACUUUAUCAUUCUUAUCUUGCUCAUCCUUCUUCUUCUGCUCAUCAUCAUCUGCAUCUGUUGCGUCGUCUGCCGUCAUCGUGGACAGAACUAUCCAGUGUCGCAGCGUGAACGAGAGCAAGGAAGAGAGCCGAUCCUUGGAAAACCUGACUAUAAGACAGAUGACGAUGAAAAGCGAUCAUUGACUGGAUCCAAGGCUGAAUCCGAGACUGACAGUAUGGCUCAGUAUGGGGAUACGGAUCCUGGAGUUUUCACGGAAGACGGAAGUUUCAUUGGUCAGUACGUCCCACAGAAAAGCCUGAUGCCGGCAGAACGGCCGGAGAAAGGAUCCACAAGCACAUUUGUGUAA